AUGAAGUCACAAGCAGCGGAGGAGCCCGCCGGCAACAGUGGUGCCUCCGUGAAAUCCUACACGGACGGAGAUGGCGCAGAGGUGUUGAACAUGUUGCGGCAGAGCCACACGCCAUGGCUGUACUGCUACCCGCGAGCCCGUGCGCAUUCUAGCCUCGCCGCGUGCUGCCGCGCAGUGGAGACUGCUGCUGCGACAAUAAGACCGUCUCCUCCGCCGUGUGUGGCGUCAGCACUGCGUGCAUUGAGCAGAAAGGAUACGAAGAAAGUAUCUGUGCCAAAGGAAAUACCAGUGGAUGUGCAGCUGAGUCAACGUGUAUAUCCCAACGGCCAGGUGCCGCUUGUGAGUGACUCCACCGCUGGUAUGAUUGAGGCUAUAUUAAGGCAUCUGUGUAUCUCGCAAGGGAGCACCGUAUUUCUCCCAGGGUUGCUUAUGUAUUCACACUUCUGCUUGUUGGAGUUGUUUGAGAAGUGGGGACUGUGUGUUGUUGGCUACGACGUCGAUUUUGUCACGAUGCGCGUGGACGAGGGAGACCUUAGACGGAAGGCACUUAAAAUAGGCCUUCCCAGUCAUAACAACAGGAGCAGCAGUAGUGGUAAUAAAGAUAGUAAUGGUAGCACCACGACGCUUAUUUUGCUUAUGGGAGUCGGGGGACGAUUUCUCACAAAUACUGAUAGUGUGACAAGGCUUGCACGCAAGGAGUUUCGCGCAUUGACGGUGGAACUGCACCCAAUCACAGCGGCGGCGUUUCUAGCGGGCGGGGUCCACGCCGCGUCUCUGGAGAUGCACGCUGACGUGCACAUCACAUGCAUGGACGCAGUGGGGGAGUUGGGAGGCGCGGUAGCGUGCGCUGCAGACCCGCUGCUGGCGCGCGGGGUUCUGGAACGCCUGCAGGAGCAGCAGCCAACCGAGGCGCGGCGGCAUUGGGUCGCUCUGGCGCGACACAUCGUCCACCUCCUGCUCUCAGACGGGAUGAGCUUCCAGCUAGUGCUGCGCGUAGUACAGUGGUGGUCUCUCAUGACGGGUUCGCUGAGGCUGGGUCACACACAUGAGAAUGACGUCGCCGCGAGCGCUGACCGUAUUUUUCAGUUUCUCAUGGCACCGAGUAAGGAGCAAGGGAUCUCACUACCCUGCGUCAAGAGCAACAGUAGUUGCGGUGGCGGCUCUUUCAAAAAGACGGAGAAUGUGAAUACUACUAGUCAGGUCUUUCGGAAGCCUCACAAGGGACGCGUCAUGUGGAUGUUAAACGCCAUAUCCGACGUGCAACAGCGCAUGGAAGCAGAGUGCUUCUCACUCUGGGAGUUUCUUAGCCGCAUGCGCAACGACGUGGAGGUGGUGUCGUGCGGGGAACCUGGAACGCCAUGGCGUUGCGUGCUUGGUUACUCCGACAGCGUGCUGCUGCGCGUUCGAUCCCCCGGUCUCGCGGCGCGGGCGUUACGCACAGCUGGGUAUGACGCCGUGGCGGCUAACACACGCGUCUGGGACACAAGCAACAGCAGCGACAAUAACACCAACAACAAUUACACGACUGGUGAGAAGCGGCCGCAGGGGUCUGCGGUGACGCUUCGGGAGGUUGUCGUUCUCCCCGACUGCCCGCAGUGCGAGGCGCUCGCGAGGCACGCCCUGUUUCUCCCGCUUUACCCGGAGAUGAAGUGGAAGAACCGGAAGAAGCUUUAUCGUGUGAUGAAUGCAACCUUUCCCGCGUCGCUCUUUCGGAGUCCGAGCACGGAGUUCCAGCAGCAUGUGAUGAGCCGCACGCCUUCCCGUCAUGCAUACCGAUCAAUGGAGGUGAGUGCGCUGAUCUCGUCGUGGCAGCAGCGCGGCAAAAACAAGCGGGCGUUUUUUGUAGAUCCGCAGCCGCUCCUAUUAUGGCUGCUGGUGGGCCCCGUUCCCGGCUAUCUGCUGUCAAAACUAUGA